UUCUCGUGUUUUCAGGCCUUCAGCAGAGCUCAUCGUAUCGGUCAGAACAAGAAGGUGAUGAUCUACCGCUUCGUCACCAAGGCGUCUGUGGAGGAGAGGAUCACUCAGGUUGCCAAGAAGAAGAUGAUGCUGACUCACCUGGUGGUCCGACCUGGUCUCGGAUCCAAGACGGGCUCCAUGUCCAAACAGGAACUGGACGACAUCCUCAAGUUCGGAACGGAGCGGCUCUUCAAGGACGAGUUCGACGGGGGUCUAGGUGAGAUGAUGACGAUGAAGCACAAGGAGGAGGACAGCAGCGUCAUCCACUACGACGAGAAGGCCAUCGACCGUCUGCUGGACAGGAACCAGGACGCCACCGACGACACGGAGCUGCAGAGCAUGAACGAGUACCUGAGCUCCUUCAAGGUGGCUCAGUACGUGGUCAAAGACGAGGAGGAGGAGGAGGAGGAGGUGCAACGGGAGGUCAUCAAGCAGGAGGAGAGCGUGGACCCAGACUACUGGGAGAAGCUGCUGCGUCACCAUUACGAGCAGCAGCAGGAGGAUCUGGCCCGCAACCUGGGCAAAGGCAAGCGCAUCCGCAAGCAGGUCAAUUACAACGACGGGUCUCAAGAAGACAGAGCCGAUUGGCAGGAUGACCAGUCCGACGGCCAAUCGGAUUACUCGGUGGCGUCCGAGGAGGGAGACGAGGACUUUGACGAGCGGACAGAAGCCAACUCUCGCAGGCCGAGCAGGAAGGGCCUGAGGAACGACAAGGACAAGCCGCUGCCCCCCCUGCUGGCCAGGGUGGGAGGCAACAUCGAGGUGUUGGGCUUCAACUCUCGGCAGAGGAAGGCCUUCCUGAACGCAGUGAUGCGUUAUGGGAUGCCUCCCCAGGAUGCCUUCACCACCCAGUGGCUGGUCCGAGACCUGCGGGGGAAAUCUGAGAAGGAGUUCAAGGCGUACGUCUCUCUCUUCAUGCGUCACCUCUGUGAACCCGGAGCCGACGGGGCCGAGACCUUCGCCGACGGCGUCCCCAGAGAAGGGUUGUCGCGGCAACACGUCCUCACGCGCAUCGGCGUCAUGUCGCUCAUUCGCAAAAAGGUGCAGGAGUUCGAGCACGUGAACGGCCAGUGGUCGAUGCCCUGGAUGGCCGAGCUGGAGGAGAGCAAGAAGGCGGCUGCGGCGGCUGCGGCUGCGCAGCUCGACUCGCCGGGGAAAACCCCGUCCACCGGAACCCCCGCCGACACGCAGCCCAACACACCUGCUCCAGGCGACGACUCCUCCUCAAAGAGCGAGGAAGCGGCGAAGGAGGCGGAGAAGAGUCCAGCGGAGGUGAAGAAAGAGGGCGAGGCGGAGAAGAGCAACAGCAAAGAGCCGGCGAACGCCAGCGACGAGGUGAUCGCCAUCCCAGACGACGACGACGACGACGACGACGAGGAAGACGAGAAGAGUCCGCCGGCGGAGCCGGAGAGCAAAAAGAACGGGGAGGAGCCGAUGGAGACGGACAGACCGAGCAACGGGGAGAAGGAGAAGGAGGGAGAGAAGGAGGCAGAGAGCGAGAUGAAGAGUUCGGAGGCAGGAGAGGAGACAAAGUCGCCGUCAGAGGCCAAGACGGAGGGGUCAGAGGUCAAAUCUGAGGACCCCGAGGUCAAAGGAGAAGAAAAGAAAGAGGAAAAGAUGGACGCCACGCCUCCUGCAGAUGAAAAGAAAGAGCCGAAGGAGGAGAAGGAGCCCCCGAAGCCGGAGGAGGCGACCAAACUUCAGAACGGAGACGGCGGCAAGGAGAGCGGAGCGUCGGCUACCUCCGCCGCCGUCGCCACGACGACCGCAGUCGGCAUCGUGGGAGCUGCCGUCGGAGCUGCCGCUGUCGCAGCCGCAGCCGCCAGCGAGGAGAAGAAGAAGGCGGCCAAGUCCCGAUUCAUGUUCAACAUCGCUGACGGAGGGUUCACAGAGCUUCACUCUUUGUGGCAGAACGAGGAGCGCGCCGCCACCGUCACCAAGAAGACCAACGAGAUCUGGCACCGCCGGCACGACUACUGGCUGCUGGCCGGCAUCAUACAACACGGUUACGCUCGCUGGCAGGACAUCCAGAACGACGUGAAGUUCGCCAUCCUCAACGAGCCUUUCAAGGGAGAGAUGAACCGAGGAAACUUCCUGGAAAUCAAGAACAAGUUCCUCGCCCGGAGGUUCAAGCUGUUGGAGCAGGCGCUGGUGAUCGAGGAGCAGCUGCGUCGCGCCGCCUACCUCAACAUGUCCGAGGAUCCCUCCCACCCCUCCAUGGCCCUCAACACGCGCUUCAGCGAGGUGGAGUGUCUGGCCGAGUCCCACCAGCACCUCAGCAAGGAGUCCAUGUCCGGGAACAAACCGGCCAACGCCGUCCUGCACAAAGUGCUAAAGCAGCUGGAAGAGUUGCUGAGUGACAUGAAGGCGGACGUCACCCGCCUCCCGGCAACCAUCGCACGGAUACCGCCGGUUGCCGUGCGGCUCCAGAUGUCCGAGAGGAACAUCUUGAGUCGGCUGGCGAGCCGAGGGCCCGAGACCCAGACACAGACGCAACAGAUGUCACAGCAGUAACUGAAACUCUGCGCUUUACCUCGAAAAACCAACCCCCUGCCUCACCUUGACAUUCCUGAUUGGUGCACAGCAGAAUGACGGACAGCGCGCUCAAGCUUGAAGCCACGCCCAGUUCAACCCCCCCCAACGCCCCAAAAAAACAGACAUUAAACAGUUUUUCUGGAGGAUCGAAUCUCUUCCCCAAAGUUUGAGGCUGUGGACAGAAAGGCUAUUUUAUUUUAUUUUUCCUCUUUUUUUUCAAUUUCUGUAUUAAUAUUAUUGAUAUAAUGUUAUUAUGAUGGUUUUUUGGGACCUAAAUAAAAAAUGUAAUAAAGAA